AUGGAGGCCUGGUCACCCCCCUGGGCCGCGGAGGCAAGUGGCCCAGUGGCCCGCCCCGAGCCGUGGGGCUUGGCGCAAGCGGAUCCCAAGGGCGUGGAGGCCAUGGCUUUCGAGUCCGUGGCUUCACACCCGGCAGCCGUCAUCUGGGCCGCGAGCCUGGCGAAUGUGAUCGAAAGACUCUGGGCCAACGCGACGGAGGCGCAGCUUCUGCCCCCGGGCGGGUCCGACUCCUUUGUGGUGGCCCCUGGGCUGCAGCUCCGCGGCCUUCGGCGCAGCUCCGACGAUUGA